AUGUUAUGCAAAGAAGGAUAUCGAAAAGCUCUGAAAGAACGUGAUAAAACACGAGAAAAAGAAUACAUCGGUGAUCUCGCUCAUUCACUUGUCUAUACAUUCAUUCCGGCUCAUGCUUUAAUACCGGAUGAUGAUGAAAACAUACAACUACUUACUUGUAAUCGUGUGCAACAUCGAUUUGAAUAUCAGUUUCGCUCAGUAUCUCUGUCUGAUUUGACCCGACAAUAUCGAUGCAUUGAUUUCGAUCCAAAUCUCGAACAACGAAACGUGAAAUACAAACGUUUUCACGAUGAAAUUCGAUUGAAUGACUUGGAUUACGAAAGCGAUUUGAACGAGACAGAUACAUUUAUUAAUCAACAAGAUCCUAUUCAAAUAUAUCUUCAAGCAUGUAAACAAUAUCAAAUUCAUCCAUAUCAUAGCGUCAUUGAUGGAUUAAAUCUGAAUACACUUGAUCUAGCCGAAAUGUCAAUAAAUGAUCUUGAUCUAAAAGCGAUUUGUCUAGCAUUACGAAUUCAUACGAAUAUGAAACAUAUUCGAUUAAGUGCGAAUAAUAUCACUGCACAAGGUUGUGCUUAUCUUCAAGAAACGUUGAAAGAUAGUUAUACAAUUGAAGAACUUGAUAUAUCCAAAAAUGCAAUUGAUACCAAGGGAUUAGAAAUUCUCUCGUUAUUAUUUACAAACAACGAAACAAAAAUGUCGAUUAUCAAGAAACUUAACUUAUCAUCAUGUGAAUUGGCUGAUUCAUGUGGACCCAUUCUUCGAAAGAUUCUGAAAGUAAAACUCGUUCACAAGAUCUUCUUUUCAACAGAUGAAAUAUCUCAGGGAGGCGAUAUGCUUGAAGAACUAUAUCUUAGUGGCAAUCAGUUGAGUACAAUCGCGUGUAAAAACAUCGGAUUGGGAUUAAAAGAAAUACCGGAAUUACGAGUACUUGAUUUAAGUUGGAAUAUGAUCUGUGAGAAUGAUAUUCGUCCGAUUUGUAUCAGUUUAAAAGAGAAUCAAGCACUUGAAAGCCUUAAUUUGAAAAUGAAUGGCUUGGGUAAUCAAGGUUCUGUACUUGUUGGGAAUAUGCUAGCACAGAAUGACACGAUAUUAGAGCUUGAUCUAUCGAAUAAUCGGAUUGAAAAAGAUGGAUGUGAUAUAUUUGCAUCGAAACUUGAAAUGAAUCGAAGGCUAAGAAAACUUUCGUUUGGCGAUAAUAACAUUGGUACAUUUGGCUCUCUUAUUCUCUUGAAAGCAAUCGAUCAUAUCAAAAGUCAAGUAGAAUAUCUUAAUCUCGAAAAUGUAUUAGUUAACGAUGACUUUGUUUAUCUAUACACACAAAUUAAUCAAUAUUUAAGGCCACUCAACGUCAUCCAUGGAGGAAUUCGAGGAAGAUUAGGACGAGAUCAUUCAACAAUACCCGGUUUCACUAUCAUGGAUGAUAUUGAUCUUGAAUAUCUCGACACUAAAUCAUUACAUGCGCUGUUUCAACGAGAUCCAUUCAAAAUUCUCGGACGAAUGGCGAAGGAAGGUGGGUAUGAUUUUGCGAAAGCUUUGAAAAAAUGGGAUGUAGAAGAACAUGGACAUUUGACAUAUUCAAUCUAUGUCAUCGAUUUUCCAAGUGCAGUUAAAGAUGCGGGAAUAAAUUUAGAUAAAACACUUCAUUUUAUUCUGUGGAAUUAUCUCAAAAAAAUCGGGAAUAGAGGCUCUGUUAGUUAUCUUCCAUUCAUUACUCCACUACCAAAGUCCUCGGAGAAGAAGAAAAAGACGAAACGUUAA